UUUCUCCGUAUCACAAGUGGUUAGAUCUCAGUCUCGGAAACGAGGAAUCCAGUACGUUGCAAAAUUACUGGUCUGUCUAGACUACGAAACGUGUGAUGCAUUCAGCUCGGGUAUUGACUGGGAUAGCACACUGCCUUCAGCUACACGCCCUUACCGAAUGGCAACUGGCGUAGGACCCUGCUUUUCUAACUGAUUUGACCACAGUUAGUCCCACAUGACGCCAGAGCACAACAAAGAUCGUCACUAUACUAAUAGCUGGAUGGACGGAAGAGUAAACAUGUCUACUACUACCUCUACUCCCACCACACCGCAAACAGCCAUACCUAUCAUCACUUCAGAGGAGGUCUACACCUCACAGCCUGUCUACACCAUUGAUCAGGUAGACGAGAAUCCUAUUCAAUACCGAGUUGAAGAGAGACGAAGGACUAUAUACGUCACCUCUAACGCACCUCCUGAUCCUCAUACGGUGACCGAGCUGUUUAAGCUCGCGGAAAUUUCAGAGGGAGAGGUAGACGAUUCUGAAGACAUGAAUGCUCGCCGCCGGACAAAGUCGCUCGAGGAGCGCGAAUUCCGUAGCCUGGAUCAUGUGCUCAGUGGUCAAGAAGACAAAGCAGAAUCCCCCAAACGCCUUCAUCGUCGCAGUGGCCAUGGUCACCGUAAACAGCUAAGCUCUUCAUCUAGACACUCGUAUACCAGAAACACGCCUCCCAACACACCCACUUCUCACGACAUUCGACCUCGGACAAUGAUCCAACAACCUCCCAUCCUAUUCUAUCAUAAGCAUGAGCCACAUUAUGGCUUCACAAAUUUCUCCCCCCAUGAAGUAAUCUACAAUGGGAAAAGAUAUCCUACCAGCGAGCACCUCUUCCAGUCCUUCAAGUUUGAACAUAAACCGAACUUAGCGGAGCACAUUCGAACAUGUUCUGAUCACCCAAGUGUGGUUUUCUCGGAGGCCCGACGAUUUCAACCGGAAGUUCGAAGUGACUGGAUGAACGUCAACAUUCGGAAGAUGGACGAGGCGUUGUAUCACAAGUUUACACAACAUAGAAGCUUGUACGAUGAGCUUUUGUCGACAGGCGACGCCGAACUCAUUGAGAACUCGGACAAGGAUGCUUUCUGGGGCUGCGGGGCCGAUGGUAAGGGACGCAACGAGCUCGGCAAGGCAUUGGUGAGAUUGAGGACGCUUUUGCGAGACCAGUGAAUCGGGAAGGCUGGGAGUUGUUUCCGUUACACGCUACCUUGAUCGUCUCGCCACACCCGGGCCAUAUUGUGUAUCUAUUCGUAUUGUCGCAUUGUAUUUCUUGUCCCGUUGAACACGUGUAUUAUUCUUAUACAAUGCGGCUAUCGCGAGGCAAUCGUCAAAGGAUUGCUUCAAGGCCGUGUUUUGGACAC